AUUUAGUGUAAAUUGUACAAUAUGUCGUCUGAAUUGAGUCAGUUGAAGGCCAAUCGGGGCUACCAUAAAGGCGCGAUAACGCGCAUCGGAACUUUCUGUAUGUCAGAGGAUUUUAAAACUGCUUCUAUCGAAUUGAUUUUACAGAAAAAAGAGAGGUUGAUAAAAUCUUUUAAUGAUUAUGAGUUGUGCAAUAGGGCCAUCCUGGCGUUAGAGCCGGAGGAUGACGAAUCAUAUGAAUCCUACGAGACCAAGCGGGAUUUGUGUCUUGCACUAAUCGAGACUCGUUUAAAACAAGUAUCGCCGGCUGCACAGGCGACUCCAUCCUCCGAGCUGGAAACAAGUAAGUUUAAAAAACUUCCCUGUAUUAAUAUAAAAACCUUCGAUGGUGUAUCCAUUAUGGAUUACCAUCCAUUUGUAAAUAUGUUCAGAGCUGUCAUUCAUAAGGAUGCGAAGUUAAGCACUUGCGAAAAAUUGUAUUAUUUGCGGUCCUUUCUAGCAGGGGAAGCCUUGGACUUGAUAAAAAACUUGAUGUUAAAUGAUGAAAAUUAUGAAGUAGCUCUAAAGCUCCUUGAUGAUAGGUACAAUAACAUACCUAAAAUUGUAAAUUUUCAUGUAAAUAGCAUUCUUGACAUGCCAGUUUUGACAAAGUGUACAGCUUCUGCCCUGCGGUCUGUAGUGUCAACUGUAAAUAUGCAUCUUGCAGCUUUGAAAAACUUAAAUGAGAAAGUUGAGUUCUGGGAUACUAUAUUGGUUAAUAUUUUAGCUAAGAAGAUUGAUUCCUAUACAUACCGUGGAUUUCAUCUUGAACGUGAUGUGAAAGAGGUUCCUAAAUUGUGUGAAUUCCUUACUUUCCUAGAAAAGAGAGCGAUUGCCUUAGAAGCUACCAGUACGGAGGAGCCCAAGAAGACAGUAAAGUCUACUGUGAGUGCCGCGGCCACUAUGGGAGUUUCUUGCGUUCCAGUAUGUCUGCAGGCAGCUGACACCUGUGGGUCCUUACUUGGUGAAGACGAGAUUCGGUCAUAUUGUAGGCGGGAGGCUGCCCUUCCCUGCUGGCAAGAAGUCUAUAAGUAACUUUUGUGUUGCUUCCAAAGGUAAGGCAUUUACUUGUAAUAAUGUUGUAGAAGAUGAUUUACAAGCUCCCUUUCCUUGUUUUAAAACUGAAGUUUCCUCCCUGUCAAGGAAUUGUGAGGCUUCCGAAGAUAUUGCAGAUAUAAUGUCGAAAUUUUGGGAUUGUGAGAAGGUACCUAAUAUCAUCAAAGAGACUGGUACUGAGGCCGAGCAGGCUGAACAGAUUUUUCAGGAGUCUGUUAAGUUGGAAAAUGACAAGUUUACUGUAGCCUUGCCGGUGAAGGUUGAUAUGGAUAAAUUGGAGUUAGGCGAUUCUUUUAGUAGCGCUUUGCAACGACUUUACAAUUUAGAAAAGCGGUUUGCGCGAGAUGUUGAUUUGAGUCAAAAGUAUAAAAAAUUUAUACAUGAUUAUAUACAUCAAGGUCAUGCCAAAUAUUUUGACAUGUCUAAUUAUGACCUUAAUGCGGGAAAUGUCAUGUUUUUGCCCCACCACCCUGUAAUUAGUGCCAGUAAAACAACACCUGUUCGGGCUGUCUUUGAUGCUGGUGCUGUCACAAAGAAUGGUAU